UUGUCUGACCUUUCUUUACGAUAGAGCAUAGCGAAAAAUAAAUAGAGAAAGACUCACCUUUCCUUCGCCGUCUGAGCUACGCAACUUACAUUUAUCCUGAUCAAGGCAGUCUACUGUCAAGUCAUUUGCAAGUUUCAGCGCAGCGCCACAGGUCUCAACAUAGAGCUCUAUCGCCGCAACAACAUCCCAUCGAGCAAUCCGCCGAACUGAGAAUGACAAAGACUAGCCUUUUCGAAGACUAUGUGGUCACAGACAGAGGCGGUGUUGUCGAAAACAGACACGCAGUUCACGCCGCAGUUGUCGAUGCCAGCGGUAAAAUCCUCUAUGCAGUCGGUAGCCCUUCGAGGAUGACGCUGGCUCGCUCCGCAUCCAAGCCAGCGCAAGCUCUCGCAGUGCUCGAAACUCCGGACUUUGAAAAAUAUGGCUUCGACGGCGCCGAUGUAGCCCUAAUGUGCGCAUCUCACAAUAGCGAAGACCGGCAUGUUUCCAGGGCGAGGUCAAUGUUAUCCAAGGUCGGGGCGCAAGAGUCGGACCUUCGUUGCGGCGGCCACCCUUCCAUCUGCCCGGUGCUCGAUAAAUUGUGGAUUAGAGCCGGGUUCACGCCAACGGAGAUCAACAACAACUGUUCCGGGAAACACGCGGGUAUGCUGGGGGGCGCAAAGGCUCUCGGUGCGAGCUUUGAGGGCUAUCACCUCCCUCACCAUCCGAUCCAGGUCAAGGUCAAGCAAGUUGUCGAAGACUUGAGCGGGCUCAGCGGAGACGAGAUCAAGUGGGCAAUUGAUGGUUGUAAUCUUCCUGCGCCCGGGCAACCUCUCUACUCCAUGGGUCGCAUGUAUGCUGCAUUUGCCGCGGCUGCGGAUGCUGUCGAGAGGGAAGAUGCCGUCCAGUCCACGAGAACGAGAUACAUGGCCGACAUUUACAACGCCAUGUCAACGUACCCCGAAAUGGUUGGCGGAGAAGGGCGUUUCUGUACAGUGCUCAUGGAAGCUUUCGAAGGCGGCCUUUUCGGCAAAGUUGGCGCAGACGGGUGCUACACCAUCGGUAUCCAAGCAUCAGAGUCAACGAAGGAACUUGGCGCGGAGGGUGCUGUCGGCAUUGCGGUCAAGAUCGAAGACGGGAGUCUCGAAAUCCUCUAUGCCGCGGUCCCAGAGAUAUUGGAACAGCUUCAAAUUGGGACAACAGAGAUGCGACGGAAACUAGCUGGCUUCCAGCAUCUGAAGCGUGUCAAUAGCAUGGGCGUUGAGACGGGCCAGGUCUCACACUCUUUCAACGUUCGCCACGUGGUUUGAGUUGUAUUACUUACAGUAGGAGUAACCUGCUGGAUAUGGCUGACAUGGAUUGAUAAGAGUGAUAGAUCGUUGCUUUCUCUCACCUCAUGAUGGAGCAGGAUAGAUGAGGCAUUACGAAGCAAUUGCGGAGUGACUCAUAGUCACUCAUGAUCAAUUAUUCAAUCUUCAAUGGAGUGAGAUAGUAUCCCGACAACCCGACAUCCCGACAUCUUCCCUCAACUGCAGAUGAAUCAGUUGAGUGAAACCAGCCGCCCGGGUUUAAGCCUGGGAUGCAUAACGUGGUUGAUAAGCGAGUGGAUCAGACAAGCGAGUGGAUCAGCCGACCGCGACCAC